GCUCAAAGCGGAAAGAUGGAACUAAAAAUCGUUUACAGUUUCUUCAGUGCAGCCAAAGUGAAACACGGAAAGCUACGGAGCGCACGAGGUAGCAUUAGCUCCUUUUAGAAGGUAGUUUGAAAACAGGUUUGGUGAUUUUGGUAAAUAUUUCCGUGUUUUCAGUAAAAAUGUCUUCAGUUCAGCCUCAGAGAGAGUUUAUCAACGAGCAGGUAACUCCUGCUGAAGAAACAUUCACAGAGUUGAAAGAAAUCAACGUUAAGAUCGAGGAAGAGAUGGAGGAUCAGCGCAGACUGAUGGAUUUUACUCGGAUACCGAAGAUCAUCUUACACCGGAUAGAUCUCCCACAAUGCUGUGCGUUUAAAGAGGAGGAGGUUUUCAAUGAAACAGAACCACAGAGGAACCAACUCAUCUCUCAUGACUCUCCAGAAACUGAGAACCAGGAUCAGGAAGGAAGCAAUUCUGAAAACCCAGGAAAAAAUAGAAAGGCAGAGAAGAAACAAAAGGAGAAAUAUAAGAAAACCAAAGGGCAGAAAGGAAGAACCGACACUGAAAAACAAAAAACACACAAGAAAGAUCACGCAGGGCAAAAAUUAUAUUCUUGUAAAAUUUAUGAUAAAACUUUGUCUCGACACAAUCGCAUCAUGAGACACAUGAAAAUUCACACAGGUGAGAAACCUUUCUCUUGUGGGUCCUGUGGAAAGAAGUUCAGUGAAAGAUGUACUUUAACUGAUCACAUGAAAAUUCACACGGGUGAGAAACCUUUCUCCUGUGGAUCCUGUGGAAAGAGUUUUUCUCGAAAACACCAUCUACAUUCUCAUAUGAGAAUUCACACAGGUGAGAAGCCUUUCUCCUGUGGGUCCUGUGGAAAGAAGUUCAGUGAAAGAUGUACUUUAUCUCGGCACAUGAGAAUUCACACAGGUGAGAAGCCUUUUUCCUGUGGGUCCUGUGGAAAGAGUUUUUCUCGAAAACACUGUGUACAUUCUCAUAUGAGAAUUCACACAGGUGAGAAACCUUUCUCUUGUGGAUCCUGUGGAAAGAGUUUUUCUCAAAAACACUAUCUACAUUCUCAUAUGAAAAUUCACACAGGUGAGAAGCCUUUUUCCUGUGGGUCCUGUGGAAAGAGUUUUUCUCGAAAACACUGUGUACAUUCUCAUAUGAGAAUUCACACAGGUGAGAAACCUUUCUCCUGUGGAUCCUGUGGAAAGAGUUUUUCUCAAAAACACUAUCUACAUUCUCACAUGAAAAUUCACACAGGUGAGAAGCCUUUCUGUUGUGGGACCUGUGGAAAAUGUUUCAAUAAUAGAAGUAAUUUAACUCAUCACAUGAGAAUUCACUCAGACUAGAAGCUUUAGGAACGAAACAUAUUCGAUCCAUUUUUUGCAUCCGAUACAAAAGAAAAUUUGUUUAAACAGCAAGUAGAAAAUGUUAAAGUCAACAGAUUCUUGCAGGCUGCUAGUGAUUCACUGUGACUGUGUCUUUCACUCUGACCAAGAUCAACCUGAGGUCUACUUUUACCUACCAGAUUGUUUUCCUUGAUCCAGUUUUUUGUUUUAAUUCUCAGUCGUAUUUGUAUUUAAUGUUCUCAUCAGUAUCCCAUUAGAUACUGAAGUUAAAGAGAGGAACACAUUCAGAAAGGAUUCAUUUCUGUGCAUUUCAGUUUUCAUUGAGUUCUGUACAUUGUAGAAUAAUUGAGUUUAUCUUUUACCUUUUUGACGUUUCUGUGUAUGACUGGAUGUAAAAUACUGUAGAAAUGGAACCAGUGAAAUGUUCUUGUUUUCCCAUAAAUUAAACUCUGAUGUUUGAAAAAAUCUCAAAAAUAAUUUUGAUCUGGUCAGAUUUUGAUUUAGAGCUAACCACAGAGAGGUUGUUAUUUUCCAAAAUAUUUGUCAUUGUUAUACUUUGUUAUGAGAAGCAAAGUAUAUUAUUAAAAAGCUAUGUUUAAAUCUUCAACUGUCUUCUCACAUCUUGUCUCUUCACUGACCUUUCAUGUUUUCACUUCUUUUUUGGCAACAUGAACCUUUUUUUCACAACACAGUCAAUUAUUCUCCAUCGUUAUGAGUAAAAACAACAAAUCUCUGUGUUCCUCUGUAAUAUAUUUAUUCAUUUAUUGUUUAACUUCAAAACUGAAUGCUAUUCACAAAAUACAAAACUAUAACAUUAGACUCUGUUUUACAAGCUGAAACGAUCACACACAAGAAAUUAGAAUAUACCUUCUAAUAUGGUUCUUUUGUACGAUUAAAAUUAUCUUUUGAUAACUG